CGUCUAUCAACUUGGGAUCUACUCUAUGUACCUACGUCGCUCUCCCACAGCCACAUACUUAAUAUAGUCGAGCUGGCACAACACUCAUUCCUAUCUUCAACUCGUCAACCAAUCGACAGAUAAUCAUAUCGAUUGUCGUCCGUUGUUAUGUGGUCUCUUCGACGCCGGUUACGGCAAACCCUCAAUUCUCUUGGCAGACUAAGCCCCUAUACCGGUACCGGACUCUUGCUAUAUUAGGCAAAGCAAUGCUAGCUUGGGCGUUACAUUGUAUUGAAAAUGGUUAUAAAUCGCUUAGGCCGGACUAGCCACCAGCAGAGUUUCCCCGCCUCAGUGUCAUUGUUUGAGCAGAUCUUCCUGCAGAAAACAUGUCUCAACAGGAUACAUCAGCCAAGGCGGAGCCUCUUAUUGAGGUCAUCGAGAAGCCAGAGGAUAUCGCCAGCGGCUUCAACUGCGUGGCCGAGGCGUUCGGCCGCCAGGCCCGUGAUGCAUUCUGGAUAUCUAUGAACCCGGGCUGGGACACGCCGGAUGGCAGAACCCUGGCAGCGGCGCGAAUGAUAGAGCAGUGGCGUGCCACCACCACGAACAAGGACGGAAAUCCGAACACCGUUUUCCUCAAGGCGACCGUGUCUGAUCCCGAUGGGCGGAAAGUUAUUGCGGGCAUUGCCAUCUGGGGUCAACUUUCAGUGGUUGAGGGCUGCGGCGACCGACCGUCAGAUGAUCUACGCAGUACCUUGAACCUCGAGGCGCUCUAUCCGGGAAACGAGCCCGAGCAGCGCUACCUGUGCCAGUUCUAUCGCUCAUUUAUGAAGCGGCGGGUAGAGGUAGUCAGGGAGAAGGAGACAUCACAACCGCCGUCGUUGAUGCACCUCCAGUUAUGCGCAGUUGAUCCGGCUUUCCAGCGGAGAGGGAUUGCCCUGAAAUUGGUUCAGUGGGGUCUCGAGGAGGCGCGGCGAAGGGGUGAUCUAGAGGCUACUACGGAAGCAUCAAUAAUGGGUAGACAUGUUUACGCGCGCCUAGGGUUCCGCGGUGAAGGCCAAGAUAUUGAAUAUGAAGUGGAUUUGCAAUUCAAACACCGCGAUAGGCCAGCCAAUCUAUUCAUGCGGACCGGAAGCCACUGAUCGAGACAUGAAACGAACGAGCACUCUGAAGGAAUAGCUCGCCUGAUGGAAUCAUGAUUCUCAUUAACAAUCCCUUGUUGCGAACAAUAGAAGAGAAAGGAGCCCUUGCAAGCUCUUUUCAAUUCCUUGUGUUAUGACCAGUGCUUUGUUCCGAACGCUGCGGGGAUUUAAGGGCCGUUAUCGAGAUUCCGGGAUAAAGAGACUCGG